AUGUCGGGUGAACCGAAGGAUGGCAACGGCGAGGGACAACGCAGGGCAGAAGACCUAGCGGGCAGGAAGGAAUUGUCGGAUGGCACGGUGGACUCAGAGGUGUUCACUGGCGAGCAGAAAAUUGAGCUUGAGCAGGUGAUGAAGCAGCAGCUGGCGCAGACGGAGGCCAUGCUGCUGAAGUACCUAGGCAAACACGGCGCGAGCGAGAAGGAAGAGGGUGCUGACCGGCGACCUCGCGAUCCGUGGGAUUCAGAUGACCCGUGGAAGGGUCAAAGUCGGUCGGAGAGCCAGGGCGGAGAAAGAAGAGAAUGGUCUCAAGAAGAAUGGGACGAGUGGAAAAAGGCCAAGGGCGGCAGGUACGAGAGCGACUGGAAGGACCAGAAGUGGGAGAAGGGCGACUAUACGGAUCCGGAGGCCUUCAUGGGCUGGUCAGACUAUAGAUUGUGGCGUCGCCGAGUGGUCAGGUGGCUCGACCAGACAGACGUACCGCCGAGGAAGAGGUCCGACAAGAUCCUGAAGGUAUUAGACAGGGACUUGCAGAGAAAAUUCGAGGAUAUCUCAGACGCGGUGUUGCAGUCAGCUGAAGGGCCGAUGACGAUCAUCAAGCGACUCGACAUUAUGAGCGGACAACGCAUGGACGACGAGAAAAGAAGAGCGGGCCGAGAAUGCUUGAUGGAAUAUCGACGCAAAGCGGAUGAAACCCUCUCAGUAUACACGGCAAGGAUGGACCAGAACUUCGAGAGGCUGAAGGGCCAGGGGCUCGAAUUAGACGACAGCUGGAAAAUAUUAUUUCUUGAAGAAGGCAUAGGACUGGAUGAGAGCGGGAUGCAGAUGCUGAAGGUCAUGAGCCGCGGCUCCAAGGACUACGAGGAAGUGAUCGGCGCGGCGAGAGAGAUGGACGUGACACGCAACGAGCAUCUCGGCGCCCGGACGGGCAAGGCCACGGCGGCGACCUACGCACUACAGGAUGAUGACGACGACCUCUGCGAGUACAGCGACGUAUCUUCCAUGACGUCGGAGCAGGAGGCUUUCGUGCUGGAGUCGAUCGCCGAGGCCGACGUAGACGAGUACGAGUUACCAGAGGUGUUGGCGACGUUGGAAAAGGACAGAAAGAAGACGUGGAAGGAGAACCGGGACUACAAAAGGCAGCUUCGAGUGGAUAGAAAAUUCUACCAGACCCCGGGGGGGCCUUCGGGCUCCAGGGCGCCGGCACCGCCGCCGCCGCACCCGGGGAGACGUGACGGACAACAUCGGAGUGCGAAAGGGAUAGUUCGUGAGCGGAAGAGGAGACUUCCGAUCGAGAAACUAAUGAAGAUCACCAAGUGUCAUCGAUGCCACAAGAAGGGGCACUGGAGCCGAGAAUGUCCCGAGAAGGGAGACUCGACGGGAGCUGCAGCGGGAAGCGGGUUCGUGCUGCUCAAUGAAUCGGAGCCGAGCUACGCGAUCCUGGCCUCGGAGAACAUCAACUCGAUCAACGCGCGCGGGUUGAUUCACCAGGUUGUGGACCGCAUCAGAUCCGAGAAGGUCGAGGCCAUGAGCCUGCUGGUCACAGGCUCAGGGGACAUCGUGGUGGACGCGGCGGCGGGCCAGGCGCUGAUCGGGCCGCAGGCACUGCAGAGGCUGGAGAAGCGUCUCGGCGAGCUGGGCUUCCGAGUGGUUCGGGUCAAGAGCAAGCACCAGUUCGCGAGAGGUGUCGGCGGGAAGACGCCGGUGCAGUCAGGACUCCUGGUCCCCACAGGCAUCGAGGGCAAGACAGGCAUCAUGGAGCUGGACCUGAUCGAGCAAGACGUGCCGGCCCUGAUGCCGAUCAGUAUGCAGGAGCAGAUGAAGGCAGUGAUCGAUCUCCCGAAGGCCGAGAUGACUCUGAGGGCGCUAGGGGUGACCACCAGCUUGAAGCGGCUGUCGAGUGGUCAUCGCACGAUCGCGAUCGACAAGCUCGGCAGCCCAGAGGGUUUUGAGCUUCCGGAGGCUGUCCGGAAGCGUUUCGGACUGCAGGCGUCUGACUUUCGCCUGAGCUCGAGCGAGAAACGUUUCGAGACGCUUUCUCUCACACGGGCUGCAGAUGCCAUGGUGACGCACUGGAAUCGAGCCGAGAAAACGCUUCUGCAGGCGAUGACGGGCUCCACCGCGAGCGACAGUGGCGAGCCGCAGUGCGUCAAGUACUUGCUGACCGGAAACGAGUAUCCGAACGGGCUGUCGGUGGGAGACAAGUUCUGGGCGUACCUCAGCUCCAGGAUCGUGGCCGAUCACCAGCACAAGGGGCUGAAGCUGCUGCACAUGUUCCAGAACGGCCACCAGUGGCCAAUCAAGACCAAGAAGGCGGACAGGUUCUACACGGAGCGCCAGAUGAAGUGCAGUCAUUCCUGGGCACGUCUCAUCAGUUUCGGCAAUUCCCACGGCAGUUGGGAAGUCUGCGGGGACUGCGACAUGAGGGUCUCGUACUUCCAGAAGGCGUCCGUCAUCUACAAGGGGAAGGGCAAGUCGCCUCAGAGCGGCUCGACGGUGCUGAACGUGAGCGACCUCACCAAGCCCCCCGGGGGCAGGGCAUCGGCGAGGAACUCGGUGGAGUGCACGAGGGUCGCUCUCGUGACGACGACGAGCGACCGGGGGCCGACCCAGGGCUCGGAGGAGCCGAUGAGGGUGAAGAAGCGCUCCGAGGAGAUGGUGCAGUAUCGGGCUUUGGAGGCGCCCAUGGAAGUAGACAGCACAGGUCCAGCACGCCCUCGCCAGCACGCCCCUCGUGCGUCGCUGAUCAGCGAGAUCAAGAGCAUGAAAGAAGAGAUGACCAACCAGAAUCACGGCCUGCUCGCCCUGGUGGUGGAGCAGGGAAAAGCCAUUCAGCACAUCCAGGCGGCGCAGCUCGGCAUCCAGGAGAAGCAGGCCAUGAUGGAGAGGCAGAUGGCGAUCGAGGACCAGCCGAAGACGCUGCCGCCGCAGGUGCCGGCCCAGCGGACCAAGCAGUCCCUGAAGGACGGCAGGUGCUUGCACGGCCUGAGUGAGCUGCCCGAGGCGGAGAGCCUCGAUCGGAUUCUAAGCAGCGCCGGAUGGCGAGCGCACGAGACUUUCUUUUUCCAGGAAGAAGCGCCCCACUAUCUUGGGGAGGACGGGAGGGUGAACCUGAUUAGAAGGCCAGAUGGAGUGUGGGCGACGGAGAAGGAGGGGAGCGCUUCUCCAGACGACCAGGCAGAGCGCUUGGUGGCGAUGUCCCUGCCUGUUUGGCGGGAUCUGUUGCUCUCGGGCGAGUUUAAUGACGAUUUCGAGGACCAUCCCACGGUGAAGGACGGCUUCCAAGAGGGGCGCAGCUUCCACCAGAGGGACAGCUUCCAGGAGGGGAGCAGCUUCCACCAGACGGACAGCUUCCCCAUCCGGAACGAGAAACUCAGGGACCCUUCGAAGACCGACCUCAGGGUCCAGAAGCGCAGGAUGGGAUGUCUUGGGAGUUGGGAUUUGGAAACCGGAUGGGACUUCAGAGAGGGGGGGGUCAGACUUGCGGCUAGGCAGCGCCUGAGAAAAGAGAAGCCAGCAGUUGCCAUGAUGGAGCCCCCGUGCCAGACACGCAGCGCCAUGUUUAGGGUCAGCAAGGGGUCCAUGGAUUCCGAGUACCGCGAGGCUCUGAUCUCGGAGGGCCUCACUCACCUUCAUCAUGCGGUCGACCUGGCCCUCAUCCAGUACCGCGGAGGGCGCUCCUUCGUGCUGGAGCACCCUGACACGGCGUCGUCCUGGGAGGACCCCAGUCGGGCGGUGACUCGAAAGUCCCAGGUGUACCCCGAGGCCUUCUGCAGGCACAUGGCCGAGACCGUCGCCAAGAUCGUGUCUUCCAUGGCACGCAAGUCAGCCCACCCCGAGUCGUUCUGGGGACUGAUAGAUCAGGUCCUGGAGUACGUGAAGGCGUCUUUCUCGUGUCCUGACUGCGACGCCCACCCCAAGGACGCGAUGAAGUUCCUCAGAGAGCGGAAGAAGCUCCAGCAGGCGCCAGAGAGACCGGUGCACCACGUGACGAGGAGGUCUCCGGGUCGAGGUCAGGCGGGUUCCGAAGAGAGGCCCGACGCCAUGACGGAUGUGGUUCCCAUGUCUCUGUCGGAAGAAGAGCUCGGUCAAUAUUUUCUGUCCCUUCAGGAGGGCAUGACCGAGAGGGGAUGGAGCGGAUCUUGGGUGGAGUUCGGAAACGGAAACGCCGACGUGGAGCUGGUCCCGGGGGAAGGGUCCGAGGCAGGAACGUUGACCUUGGCUGCUUCGCGGGGCUCGGAAGUUUCGAAGAAGCGUCUGAGUUCAGAGGAAGCGGCUGAGUUCGACGAUGCCGACGCCAAGGAAUGGAAAGCCAUCAUGGACACCCAAGCGGCCGAGGAGCUGAAAAGCUACAGAGAGCGUUUCGAUUUUGGCAAGAUGGUGAGGCUCGACGCUUCGGGGGUAGAUUACAUAGGUCUUUUGCAGAUCACCUCCGAGAGCACGGCCUUGGAGAACCGACGGCAGGAGCGGGGCAGUGGUUGGAAGGUGGCGCCUCUGAAGAAAAGGAUAGCCAAGGACGCCGAGGUCGCGAAGAAGGCCAAGACAGCGCGGAAUGCAUUCGGCGUGGCUGCGCCACGCAAGAAGGCCGAGAAGGCAAAUGACGAGAAAGAGGCGGCAGAGUUCGGUCUCUUGCAAGCGGAGGCAAGGCAGGGCGGGAGAUGUCAGGGUUGGCAGGAGGCGGAAUCGAAGAAAGCCAAGGACGACGAGUCUUCAGAUGACGAUUCCGACUCGGAGUCCGAAGCGGAGGCGGCCAAGAAGGAGGAGCAGGUGACGAAGAAAACCAAAGAGGACCUGGACGCGCAGAAGCAACAGGCGGAAUUGGAGAAGAAGGUCCGGCAGCAGAAGCUCCGUGAGGAGAUCGACCGGAAACUGCGAGAGAAGAAGGAGCGGGAGAGCAAAGAGAAGGCUGACAAAGAAAGAGAAGCAAAGAGCAAGCGCGAGGCAGCAGCCAGAUUGGCAGCCACAAAGAAGAAAGUUGAGGAAAGCAGCGAAGAUGAAGAAGAGGAGGAGGAGGAGGAAGAAGAGGAUGAGGCGCAGGAGGAGGAGGAAGAAGAGGAGGAAGAGGGGGAUGACGACAGCGAGGAGAGCGAGGAGCCCAGUGAGAAGGUGGCGAAGAAGGCGAAGCAGGCUGCCGUCAAGAAGAAGGCGUCAACGAAGGAACGAGAUAAGAAACGGAAAGGUAAGGAGAAAGCGAACCGAAAAGGUAAAACCAGAGAAAAGGAAAAAAAGAAACGGAGAAGAAAGAAGGAGAGCUCGAGCGCCAGCGACGAGAGCGCUGGCACCAGCGACUCCUGA